AUGCUGGCGGCGGGGGCCGCCUCGUCGGAGGUGGCGCACCCUCAGUGCCUCUACACCGGCACGGGCAUCAGCCUCUACGGCGCUGAUAUGGCCAAGGAGCAGAUCCCCGCUGCCACGCCCUACACCUGCUGCUACCUGUGCGCGAUCACGGAACGAUGCGUCGCGUUUGAGUGGAAUGCCAGCGUGAAUGGCGGCAUGUGCUACCUCAAGGACUCGACUGGGAUCGUGCCCCGCCCCCUGGAGGGCGCCCGCUCCGGCGUGCUGGUGUCGGAGGGCGCCGCCAUCAGCGCCGCCACGAUAGCAGCCAACAACGCUGGCGUGCUCACCAGCACGCCCACAGUUGGUGGCAGCGGCAGCGGCUCCCCAACCGCUCCAACCUCCGACCUCUCCUGCGCGCCGCCCAAGACGGACGCGUAG